AUGACAGCAAGUGGCAAGGGGGACGCGCUGCACGCGUGGGCCGAAAUCCUCGAUGUCCUGGGGCUCAGUGGGUGGCCACUCCUCAAGUUUGCCGGUGACCUAGUGACACUCGUGUCCAGCGGAGAUCGAUACUUGAUGCUUCAUACGCUAUAUCGGGUCAUCCUCCCGCGAAGUGCCCACCGACAUGGCCCACCGCAAAUCACACUCAAAAGACCACUCACGUACUUGGAGCGCUACGUUUCCCGGUCGCGAUCUGCCACUGCGAAACGGUACGAAGACAUUAUCGUCCAUGCUCUGAACCUUUUUGGGAACAAGACCGUCGGCGAUAUAGCUGGCAGACAAAUAUUGAGGCUGGAAGAAGCGCUGCAGAGACUGACGUACCUAGACAGCAAGCACGCUGAAUACCCCCCGAACGACCUGUGGUCCAUCAACACGUUGCCGAAGAGCGAGCACUGGGACUGGCUGAAAUACUUGAGACUUCUUUUCAAGACGGAUACGCACAUAACUGAAUCAUCUGUCGUGUACCUGGAGGAUCCUUUGUUUUUCACUCGGCUGAGUUCUAUUUUCAAAACGAAGGACAAUGAAACCGCAGUAGCCAACUAUGUAGGCCUCAAGGCUCUGAUCACUAUGUCACCGUUCAUGCCGGCCGACUAUAGAACGCUCUAUGAAUUCGACCUCGGAUCCGACAUCGAUCACUUUGAUACGCAGCUCGCGGCGUGUAGCGUAUUGCUAGAGAAGAUGUACCGCUAUGGUGUCGGCAUAGCGGCCAAGCUAACGGCAAACAGGGAGUUCGCAAAUGUGUACAGGACGCACCGCGACGACCAGCUCGGCGCGAUAUUCAACAACAUGCGCGGGAUAAUCCGCGACAUGCUGCAAUCGCGACGUUCUUGGUUCGCCAAAGAUGACAUCGCAACGGCGCAGCGAAAGCUGGAAAACAUGACCUUUGUUUUCGGCACGCAGGACAACUUCGUACAAUACGAAGACUAUCGGCACACACCAACGUUGGCGCUGAAAUCUGAUGGGGUGCUAGAGACCGUGUUCGCAAUCUUCUCAUACGCCUCCUCUAUCUACUGGAGUGCGCUCGGGAACGGUGCUGGCGGAAAUGUCACCGCAGCGUACGACAAUGCAUACACGGCGUCUGUUUUCGAAUGGGGCAGCGAGUACCAGCCGACGAACAACCUAGUCUUUGCCCCGAACGGUCUGGUGGGCUUCCUGAGCACCAUCUCAAGCACAAUUCCCUUCCAGCUUUACCCCGCGAUUGCGGCGCCUCUGCUGAAGGCAUUGUUGCAGCCGCUUUUGCGCAGCAACUCUCUCUUCGACGACCGUGUGUCGCGGAGAAAAUGGUGGAGCGCACAGUCUAUUGCUGCGUACGAGAAUGUCACUCAGUGCCUGCGACGCCAAUAUGAGGCGGCCGAAAAUACCAGCAGAGCGAGCAAUGCCACAUCGUGGGCGCCAUUCAGGUUUAGCGCGGCGCGUCUAGAGGAAGACUUUCUCGACAAUGCAGUGUUAUGGCCGCUGUACGAGCUGUACGAACAAGCCCUUAUAGAAUAUAACGCCACGCGGCUUUACUAUACUCUGCCGUUAGUCCACGUGUCCACCAGGGAGAUGUUCUUCUACAAUUACGCCGGGGUGUUUUGUGAUAACGCCAUUGCUUCCACCCGAAAGCUUCGUCAAAGCUUGGGAAUGAGCCCGGCCAAGCUACGCCUCAAUGUGGCUUUAGGUAACUUUCCGCCCUUCCUGAAAACUUUUUCGUGCACCAAAAAGAAGCAGGAGCGCUGUGAAGUAUGGAAACAAUUUCGUUGA